AAGUUGAUGUGGCGGUGGCUGAUCUCGGUGAGCGGUUUGGGUACCGCUGCGGAAACCCGUCCACAACCUCGUCCAUGCCUAAUCACAACUUCUAAGCCUUAUUUUUUCGGGUUGCUCAUAUUUCAGGAAGAUUUCCAUCUUUGCUCCGCAGAUACAAUCUUCGUAGUCAAAUAUGGAGAAUGAGCAGUUUGUAACACUUUCGGCUGGCGGGAUGCAGCCACCUUCCUCGCCGAACCCAGAGCCAAUUUCGUUUGACAGUAGUUCAGAACCCGAUUCCAGCGAAGACUGCUCGUCGUUGCCAGCAACAGAGAGUCCAAACAGCGAUGAUUCCAGUCUCUUCGAUGAUCAGUCUGCUGCCUCUGGUAUUUUCCCCAACAAGGGUCAAUCACGAUAUCAUUCUGUCCGGGUGCUGUUACUCAGAUGGGAGGAAGAUUCUUUAGGGGUGCAAUAUGAGUUGGAUGAUCUUGCAAAGACACUCGAUGGUUAUGGCUUUGAUACCGAGACAUGGCUCAUCCCAACCAUCAAGUCGCAUCGCGCACUCAUGCACAAAGCUUUACAGGUAGUUGACGACUAUGGAGAAUCUGACACUCUGUUCAUCGUAUACUAUGCUGGUCAUGGGAGGAUGAAUACCUCCCGUCAAGCAGAAUGGACUUGCUCUGUCGACAACAAGCCAAUUUCACUUCAAUGGCACGCCAUUCAGACACUGUUCGAACAAGCAGACUCCGAUGUACUCCUUCUUCUGGAUUGUUGCGCGGCGGCUAGUGGCGUACUGACUGGUAGCGACAACACUAAUGUCACAGAGACAAUCGCCGCUUGUGGUUUCGAAACUUGGGCGCCACAACCGGGACGCCACUCGUUCACCAACACUCUCAUUGCGGUGUUAGAGGAAUGGCAAGAGCGUCCAGCAUUUACUGCUGCCAUGCUACAUUGUGAGAUUUUGAACAGACUACGUCACGAAAAGCCUGAACGAUAUCGGGCCACCAAGAAAUUCGAGUACAGAAAUCACCAGUCCAUGUACUAAGCACGAGCAACCUGAAAGCAAGGAGCAUCGAACUUGCCCCACGACGUCGUCCGAGUCCACGCCAACAAAACUUGCCAGCAGUCCCUC